GAAAAAAAAAGCCCCCGUAAACAGAUAACGGUACGGUUCGCGCUCUCGCGUUUCGUCGAACAGCCGUGAUGCCGCCGCCUCCCCUCGUCGUCCCUGCCACCGCGCUCCCGGCGGCCCGCCUCGCCAGAGUGAUGGCCGCCUCCUCCGGCAGCGGAGGCGCGCCCCCGCGGCGGGUGCGGCGCGGGAAGCCCGGGUUCUCGCGGCGGUCGGCCAUCAAGAAGAGCUUCCACCAGGAGCAGGUGGUGUUCUCCACGCCCGUCCCCGCCGACCCCACCGUCGCCGUCAUCGGCGGCGGCGCCUCCGGACUCGCCUGCGCGUCCGCGCUCGCCGCCCGCGGCGUCCGCUCCGUCGUCUUCGACACGGGGAUGCACGGCCUAGGGGGCAGGAUGGCGACCAGAUUCGUCGACGGCGGCGAGCAGCUGGUGUUCGACCACGCGGCGCAGUUCUUCACCGCGAGCGACGAGAGGUUCCAGAGGCUGGUGGACGAGUGGCUCGACAGAGGGCUGGUCCGUGAGUGGAGUGGCUUGAUCGGCGAGCUCGACGCCGGUGGCCGUUUCAGGCCCAUACCUUCGUCGACGCCGAGGUACAUCGGUGUGAACGGGAUGCGCUCACUUGCAGAUGCAAUGCUGCCUGAGACUGAUAUGAUUAAAGUUGUGCGGCCUUGUUGGAUAAGCAAACUUGAGCCGUUCAAUGGCCUGUGGCGCUUGUUUGAGAAUGAAAAGCCUCGUGGUGAAUAUGAUGCAAUUGUGAUAGCUCAUAAUGGGAAAUGUGCCAACCGUCUGCUCUCUACAUCAGGAUUACCAUUGCUUACAAAACAGAUGAAGAGACUAGAGCUCAGUUCUGUCUGGGCACUCCUUGCAGCAUUUGAAGAUCCUCUUCCUAUCCCACAUAAUGAUUCUCACGGAGUGUUUGAAGGAGCGUUUGUAAGAGAUGUUGAUUCUCUCUCUUGGAUGGGCAACAAUACCCGUAAACUUUUUCCAAUGCAGACGGGUACACCUGAGUGCUGGACAUUUUUCAGCACUGCUGCUUAUGGAAAGCGAAACAAAGUCCCGCAGGAAAAUAUCCCAAAAAUCACAGCAGAAAAAGUUAAGGAAGACAUGCUUGGAGGAGUAGAACAUGCUUUGGGGUUAUCCAAAGGAUCUCUUCAUCAACCAAUUUAUACAAGAGUGCAGUUGUGGGGUGCAGCUCUGCCCAUGAACACUCCAGGAGUACCAUGCAUAUUUGAUCCCCUUGGACGAGCAGGCAUUUGUGGUGACUGGCUUACAGGUUCAAGCAUAGAAGCAGCAAUUUUAAGUGGAACGUCUCUUGCAAACCAUAUAGCUAAUUACUUUGUGAGUCACGGUGAAAGGCCCGAAGAGUUUGGGAUUGGUUUGCAUGAGAACCUAAACAAAGUUGAAGGGCAUGAUAUUGGUCAGUUUCCCGGGAUAGACUCUCAGAAGCCACAAGUAGCACAAGCUCAGAAGCCACUAGUAGCCCAAGCUCAGUUGACGCCGAGUAUAUGAUGAAUGGCGAUUUUGUACUGAUUGUCCAUGUAGUUAGUAAAUGAUAAGCUGAUUUUUAUCUCUUUUUUUUUGUUACGAGGAACUUGUGUAUUGUAAUAUGCAGAAUGUACAUGUAUCAUUGAUGUA